AUGAAAAUUAGCAGCUGUAAUAUUGCAAAAUUAUACAAUAAAGUUCAUUACGUUUACAAAAUUAAAGAAAUACAGCUGCUCUCAAAAUAUUCAAAUAAAUACAAAGGUAAGAUAAUAAUGAUUAACGAAGUGCAGUUGAACAGGAAAAGACAAAAUGAGGGGAAGAAUGGAGGAACAAAUGAUGAAGGUAGUGAUAGUGAGUCUUACGAAAUAAACAAAAAAACAAAACUCAUUCCCAAAUUAAAGGAAGAGAAUUUUAGUCAGAAUAACCUGGUUUCUAAUUAUUUUACAUCAAAUGUAAAAGGAAUAGGAAAUAGUUUAAAAGUUUAUAUUGAAAAGGCAAGUAGUACAGAAGAAACAAUUAAAAUCAAAAGCAAUGAAACUGAAAUGGAUGAAAAAGAGAACAAAAAAAUUUAUUAUAAGAAGGAAGAAAAUGAGGAUAGUUUAGCCAUUUCUAAAGUAGAAGGUGUGAACAUUAAAAGCGAUGAUAAUAUAUAUAAUGAACAUACGAAAUAUGUACAUGAGGAGGGUAAUAAUGUUAAUAAGACUGUACUAAUAAAAGAAAAUAAAUCAAACGAUUUAGAAGCUAAAGGUGAAGAACAGGUAAAAAUAGUAGUAACAUGGAAUAUGAAUAGUAUAACAGUACGAUAUAAGAAUAAAGAAAAAUGGAAAAAUUUUAUGAACUUUUUUAAUAAAAUUAAUGCUGACGUUUGGUGUUUGCAAGAAGUAAGAUUACCAGCAAUGAAUAUAGGGGAUAGUAAAAAUGAAAAUAAAAACAAAAACAAAAAUGAUGGCUUACGCGAUAGAAGCAAGGUUAAAAACUCUGACCAGAAAAGCUUAGUUGAUUAUGAAAUUAUAGAUAGUAUAUUAAAAAAUGAUUUUAAAAAUUAUGAUGCAUAUUUUAGUUUAGCAAAUAUCAAAUAUAGUGGUCAGCUUGUGUUAAUUAAAAAAACAAUACAAGUAAAAUCUAUUCGUUAUAAUCUCUCUUUUGAUAUGGAUUCAAAAAUACAUCAUGAUGAAGGAAGAAUAAUUUUAGUUGAGUUUUCUGAUUUCUAUUUGUUGUCAACAUACUCACCAAACAACGGUUUUGAUAAAAUAAAGUUUGAAAGACGAAGAUUAUUUGAUGAAGAAUUAGAAAAAUUUGUCUCUUAUUUAAAAAAUAAAAAGCAUUUAAUAUGGACUGGGGAUUUGAAUAUUGCACCAGAAGAUAUUGACUUAUCACAUCCUGCUGAAUUUCGAAAAAUGAAGAAGGGUAAUAAUGUACCGAAAGAAUUUAUUGGACAACCCGGUUGUACAGAUUUUGAAAGAAAAAAUUUUAAAAAAAUUUUGACCUCAGGUGAUUUAGUUGAUUCGUACAGAUAUCUACAAAAUUUGAAGGAGAAAAAUGCAGAAACAGAAUCGUCAAAAAAUCCCAUUGAUGUUUCUAAAAAAUCAAAUAUUAAUGAUAAUAUAUAUACAUGGAGGUGCCCUUUUCUGCUUGGAAAGCAGAGCAACAAGGCAAUGCGCAUAGACCAUUUCAUUGUUUCAAAAAAUUUUCUUAACCGUGUAGAUAAUGUCGAAAUACAUGGGUACAGUGUAUUUCAUAAUAAUUUCUAUGGGUCUGAUCAUUGCCCUGUAAUUCUGUACCUCAAAGGUGAGGAGUGA